GGUACAUGCGAGAGCAGGAGGAGAGCGAACGGGAGGCCCUCCUGUCGCGCACAUUCACCACCAACGAGCAGGAGCACUCGGUGAUGAUCGACCCGGCGCUGCAGCACCACUCGCGCCUCAACGACUCGCACCGACAGCUGGACGACCUACUCAGCCACGGCGGCAGCAUCAUCUCGGGCCUACGCGACCAGCGCGUCACGCUGAAGGGCGCCCAGCGGCGCAUCCUGGACAUCGGCAACACGCUGGGGCUGACCAACACGGUUAUGCGGCUCAUCGAGAAGCGCACAGGCCAGGACAAGGUCAUCAUGGUGGCGCUCAUGCUGGCCAGCUGUGUGCUCAUGUACUGCGUGUGGCGCUACUUCUCCUGAGCCGCUACUG